GGUCCCUCCAGCGCCAUGCCUUGGGCCACCGCCCUGAUCGUGCUGCUGGCCGCGCUCUGCGGCUCCUCGCUGGGCCAGUACAACGAGGAGGAGGACCUGGCGUGGCUGCAGUACUACCUGCGGCAGUCCCGCGCCUCCUCCUACAACUACGUGCCCUACUACGAGGAGGAGAGCCCCGCCUACGCCUACUCCUACCCCUCGGCCACCGACAGCGAGCCCGAGCCCGAGCCCGAGCCGCAGCAAGCCGCGCCCUGGAGGUGUCCCCAAGAGUGUGACUGUCCCCCCAACUUCUCCUCGGCCAUGUAUUGCGACACCCGCAACCUGCGCUACCUGCCCUUCGUGCCCUCGCGGAUGAAAUACGUUUAUUUCCAGAAUAAUCUCAUCACCUCCAUCCAGGAGGGAGCUUUCGAUAACGCCACGGAGCUGGAGUGGUUGGCGCUGCACAACAAUCAGAUUGGGAGUGAAAAAAUGGGGAAGAGGGUUUUUGGGAAGCUGCAGCGCUUGGAGCGGCUCUACAUGAACAACAACAACCUGACCCGGCUGCCCAGCCCGCUGCCGCGCUCGCUGCGGGAGCUCCACCUCUCCUACAACCACAUCUCCAAGGUGCCCCCCAACGCCCUGGAGGGGCUGGAGAACCUCACGGCGCUCUACCUCAGCCACAACUUCAUCUUCGAGAUGGGAGCAUCCCUCAAGGGGCUCGGCUCGCUGAUCCUGGCGGAUCUGAGCUACAACAACCUCAGGAGAGUCCCCGACGGGCUGCCGGCCUCGCUGGAGCAGCUCUACCUGGAGUACAACUACAUCAACGCCAUCCCCGACGAUUAUUUCCAGGUGUCGCCCCGGCUGCUGUACGUGAGGAUGUCCCACAACAGCCUGACCAACCAAGGGCUCUCCGGCAACACCUUCAACAGCAGCAGCAUCCUGGAGCUGGACCUGUCCUACAACCGGCUGCAGAAAAUCCCGCGCGUCAACACCAACCUGGAGAACCUCUACCUGCAGGGGAACCGGAUCGACGAGUUCUCCAUCAGCAGUUUCUGCUCCGUGGUGGAUGUCAUGAACUACUCGCGGCUCCAGGUGCUGCGGCUCGACGGCAACGAGAUCAAGCGGAACGCGGUGCCCCCGGACGCGCCGCUGUGCCUGCGCCGGGCCACCGUCAUCGAGAUCUGAGCCGGCCCCCGCCACCCUCAGGACUUGUGCCCCCCAUUCCCAGGGGUUCCCUCAUUCCCGCUUUUCCAUCCGCCUCGGCUUCGCAGCAGCGCGAUUUUCCGGUUUUCCCGAAAUUUUCCCUUUUUUUUUCCCACUCAGAUCCCAGCUCUGGUCGCUCUCUGACCCCCAUCCCAAAAAGCGUUGUGCUCGCUGUCACCUCCUGUCCCGGAUUGGGGUGGGACACAGCAGGGAUGGGGCUCAUCCCACCUUGGGAAUCAGAAAAUCCCAAUCCCGAUCCCAAAACCGAUCCCAAACCCAGAUCUGGGCCAGCGAUAUCUGUAAGGAGCAUCCAAGGGGUUGGGAGCUGCAGGAGUGAAAGGGUUAAAGGUCUCCAGGCUGGAGGAUUCCUCAGUUUGGGACGAGGAGGAGCAAAUCCAUCCCUUCCCUUCAUUUUUCUCCCUUUUCCAUCAACCUGCUCCAGAAUUAAGGGUGAGAAAUCCUAAAGGAGAAAAAUCCUAAAGGAGAGAAGCCCUAAAGGAGAGAAGCCCUAAAGGAGAGAAGCCCUAAAGGAGAGAAGCCCACCCUGGGGUCAGAGGGAUGUGGAGGGAUCCCAAAUCUUCCUCCCAAACCCCUGGAUCAGGGCAGGAUGGGGAAAAUCAAUCCUGGUGCUGUCACCCCUGUGGUGUCACCCCCAGCAGGGGUAUCCCAAUUAAAACCCCAAAACUAAUCACAGAGCCACUUUGGAAUCCCCCUAAAAACCCCAAAUUCCCCAACUCCGGCUGAGUUCGAGGAGCGAAGGAGCAGCUGAGCUUUGGGGGUCACCGGGACCCUCCGCGUUCUUCCUGCAUGCAAAAAACGUUAAAAAAAAAAAACAACCCCAAAAAUCCCAUAAUUUCACCAGCGUGAACUCUAAACCCCAAACGCCAUCAAUAAAACCCUUCCAGUACCUGCA